AAAUAUAUACCUACAAGAAAGCUCUUCAUUUCACAUUCCAUUUUCACCACUCUUCUCAUUUAUUACUGGUUUUCAUCAUCCCCUUCCUCUCUUCAACCUGUAAAAACUCUUUCGUUUCUUUUCCCUUCAAAAGUUUGUUCACAUAUUUUUUCGUGUUCUGCUAUUAUCUUUUGUUGUUGUGAUCGAACCCAAAGAUGCAGGUGACAAACAAAACUGGGAUUCGGAUGGCAAGCAACAUAGGGAUAGAAACCGAGGCAUCAGCAACAACGAUGAUGCUUGACAAUCCAUACAAGAUAGUGAGGCAGCUGGCUUCCACAAACGCAGUAGUUCUGUUCAGCAUGAGUGGCUGUUGCAUGUGCACUGUGGCUAAACGCCUCCUCUUCGGCCUCGGCGUUGGUCCCACCAUCAUCGAGCUUGAUCACCAUGGAGCCGGUCCUGAUAUCCAAGCCGUCCUCUUCCAGCUCGUCGCUGAUGGUCGACAGCCUGUCCCUGCCGUGUUUGUGGGUGGCAAGUUCCUUGGUGGCAUUGAAACCCUCAUGGCUUGCCACAUCAAUGGCACAUUGGUCCCUCUCCUCAAAGAAGCUGGUGCACUUUGGCUCUGAUUCUCUUGUUUAACACUCCAAUGUUUAACAACAGUUUACCGGAAUAUUCUGGUCUAGCUAGGCCUAGCUAACUCUUAAAUAUUAUAUGAAUUAACUUUUACGUUUAUAUUUUAUCAGAUUUAUAUAUGGAUUAUGAUUUGCAAUCUGUUUUACUUUUCGUUUUUUUAAUUAAAA